CUUCUCCUCGGCAGGAGCAGCAUUGGCAUGGGGCAGGAUUGAUUGAUUGACAGACUGACGUGCGGACAAUUACUCGGUAGAUGGAUCUAAUCGUCAAUCGGAAUGUACAUUGUUCGUCCACCAACUCUGUGCAGCAGCCGAAGGUGUUCCAGGGACGACAGAUUUAAUUAAGCAGGACCGCAGCAGCGUGGACAUUGUUGGACAAGGGUUGCUCGUUUGGUGAGAGGGCGAGGCCGAGGCCGACAGGUGUGACAGUCAGUCUGUAAAACGGACAAUUUCAGUAGUCUCUAAUGUAGUGCGCGACGCUUCCUAUGACCGCAUGCCUGUCAUCAUAUUCCCAAUCCCAGGACAGGCAGAGAGGCGGUCGGUCGGUCGGUCGGUCGUCGAGAGCCUAGAGUAGCACCCCUUCCCAUUCCCAAUGCUUUAUCGAUAGACAGGGACUAGAACUGCUUCCCUUCCAUUGCAGAGCGAGCAUAUCGGUAGUCUCAUUCGUCGAAGUGAAGGCGGCCGUGACGAUGCAGCCAUCUCUGGUCACCCCGGUCGAGAGACCUCUGAGGAGAGUGAGCUCAGUGCGCUCGGCUCUGGAGGCGCAGCAGGUCGCCAGCAGCAACGCCGAUUGCUUCCCGGUCCUCACGGACAGGGGCGACAACAAAUUGGAAAAGCCCAGCGUGCCGUACAUUCUGCCUCAGAUUGCCCGCGGCGGGGACAUGGGAUCAAUCAGUGAAUCCGAUUAUGGCAACGAGCCCUUAGCAGGCCACCGGCGCACGUAUUCUGCUGGCGAACAGGGCGUCCGGAAGAACCGCACCAUCGUCUCAUACUGUUUGGGUGGCAUUCUCUCGUUGUUUCUGCUCGUUCAGAUUGUCACCGGCGGAUUGGGCCUUCUCUCCAACCCCAACGCUCUGUGUGGAGUGAAGCAGGUGCAAGCGGCAUUUGUUAUGGAAAAAAAUCAAAUCAUGGAGGAGCAGAUGAAUCAGGUGGGCCAUUGGAAGCCAGUGACGGUGCCUGUAAAAGAAGAGGCGGAUAGUGAACCGUGGGCCUUGAUUUCUAAUAAACUUCAGGAGACUCAGCAAUCAUUGAAAGACAACACUGUGAGACAAACUCCUUCUGUGUACACGACGACGACGGAGGAUCGUCGCACUUUCUCCUAUAAUGAGCAACCGAGGGAAGAGCGGCGAAUUUUCGUUAGCGAGCAGGUGCGCGACGAUCGUCAAUUGGCCGACCCCUCGGUCCGGCCCAUGGAAAGCAGACGCGAAGUGCACAGCGAUACCCGAGACGAGGACCGGGGCGCCCUCGACUCCAGGAAUGUGCAGUCUCUGGAAAGCAGACGCGAUGUCCAGCGAGAUAACGUCGUCGUCGUCGACGAUCGUGGCUCCAGCCUCGAAUCGACCGUGGUUCAAUCUCAAGCCCAGCCCGUCGACGAACGAGCUUCCAGUUUAGUGCAAACGAGUGUCAAGAAAGAGGAAGACAGCUGGUUUCGACGACCCUCCUACAAUUACGAGCAAUGUAUAGCCGAAGGACCCGGCCAUCGAAGACCAUCAGAAGCAACGGAAGGCUACUUGUUGACUUUCGCUAAUGGCGGACUGAACCAAAUGCGCACUGCUAUUUGCGACAUGGUGGCCGUGGCACGUGUUAUGAAUGCGACCUUAGUGAUUCCGGAGCUGGACCACACCUCGUACUGGGCAGAUCCAAGCGAGUUCGGCGAUGUGUUCGACGUCGAGAAGUUCAUCCGCACGCUCAGGGACGACAUCCGAAUCGUGACGGAGCUCCCCGCCGACAUGCAAGAGCUGCCGGUCUACGAGAUGGCACCGCGUUCCUGGUCCGAGACUGCCUACUACGAGGAGACAGUGCUGCCGCUUCUGAAGAAGCACAAGGUCAUUCGAUUCGUUCUCACCGACUCGCGCCUCGCCAACAACCGCUUGCCAGAGGAAAUUCAGAGGCUCCGCUGCAAAGCCAACUACAAGGCGCUGAAAUUCGAGCCCUCCAUCGAGGACCUGGGCCACAAAAUCAUCAGUCGUCUUCGAUCCAAGGGCCCGUACAUCGCUAUGCACUUGAGAUUCGAGAAGGAUAUGCUGGCGUUUUCAGGAUGCACAUUCGGGCUGUCGGCGGCGGAGGCAGAGGAGCUGAGAAUCAUUCGAUACAACGUGAGCAGGUGGAAGGAGAAAGAAAUCGACCCCGUGAGCCGCAGAGCCGAAGGGGGCUGCCCUCUGACACCGCACGAGAUCGGGCUCAUGCUCAGAGCCAUGGGGUACCCGAGGAAAACUUUGAUCUACGUCGCCGCCGGGCAGAUUUAUGGAGGAGAAGCCCGAAUGAAAACUUUCACGCAGCUGUUCCCCAAUGUGGUCACCAAGGAAACGAUCACCACCCCCGAAGAAAUGCAGCGCUUCUCCGAAUACCAAAACCGCCUCGCCGCCAUCGAUUACAUGGUCGCUGUCGACAGCGAUGUGUUCGUCCCGUCGUACGACGGCAACAUGGCCCGUGCUGUCCAAGGUCACCGACGCUUCAAUGGCCACAAGACCACCCUCAUUCCGGACAGAGUCGGGCUGGUGAAGCUGCUCGAUCAAUAUCACAACGGCGAGAUCGAUUGGAGUCAGCUGCAAAAGGCGGUGCUGAGAACGCACCGAAACCGACAAGGAUCACCGCACCCGAGAAAACCUCUGAGUCCAUCGAGAGCUAAACUGGAAGAGAAUUUCUAUGCCAAUCCCCUGCCAGGAUGCAUAUGCGAGGUUGGCACCACCACGCAAUGAAUGAACAGCAGGCCCGACAGACAGACAGUCAGUCAGAACACUUGACAAUUCCUUUAGCAGAGCAUCGAUAGCCCCACCCACUGCCCACUGCCCACUGCCCACAGCCCAAAAUUUUUAGUAGUAGCUCAUCCUUGAGUAACCUUCUGAGUUAGCCAACUGUGAAUAGCAUACAGCCACUAUUGUUUCUAGUAAUAAGCCGGGUGCAACCUGCGCUGGUUCUGGUUCUGUGACACUCGCACACCUCACCUCUCUCUCUCUCCCAAAUCAAAUUAUGAUUGUAACCAAUAGUUGACUGGGUGCUGUAAAGUCUGCCAGACAUCCCAUACAAGCCCAGUCCGGUCCAGAGUGGCCUUGUACUAGUGCCUGCAGAAAGAAAUUUUCACCCACGUCGUUACCCUGUGCUCCCGUUUUGAGAAUUAUUUGUAGCAGGUCCACAGAUGUUUUUUCCCUUGCACCCUUGGCGGUGUCGGGCUCAGUACACGCCAUGCCAUGCCCUCGACCGACUCGAUUGCACCUCUUGGUGAAAGUCUCCAGGAGAGCCCCUCCCUCACCUCCGGGUUCAAGUGAUUCUGUACAUUUCGGCUUUUACCCACUCUAGUCCCUUGACAUCGACCUCGAAUGUGAUUAUCGCGCAGUAGAGGAGGCAAGGCGAUCGCGAAACAUUCUAAUAAUGGUUUCCGGCAUUCAGAUGUUACUUGAGAAGAAGACGUCAUGAUUGAUUUAUUUAUGUAGACCAGGUCCGGGUUUGGGCUGGUCAGGCAGACAGGUGUUCUCUAGAGUAGAUAAAGUUCAAGCUUUUCCCCCAUUUCUUACAUACACGUCCGAGCUUCGACGAUGCGAUGGACGAUUGGCAACCCAUCGACGAGGUUCAGCUCUGCACGAUCUUUCGCUCGUUGCCGCCAGCUCGCCAACCGCACAGACCCGAUCUGGUCAGAGCCGGCGGCCUUCUUCUUCGUCGUCGUGCCCCUGCGAUGGCUCAGGCUCAGGGCCUUAGUCGGGGGGGUCGAUGCGAGUCGGCCGCAGGCACAGCUGACCGUGGUCGUGUUAUUCAGCAGCAUCGCAAGUUCUCCAUCCACGACAGAGAGUCCGACCAUGGCGAUCACGAGCAGUUGGGGGAUUUGUCACAUUUGUGUCACGUGGAAGAAAGGCCUCGACGAACGGACGAAGGAAGGCCCGGCUGCAGCUACCACCCGAUGGCUGGCUGGCUGGCUGGCUCGAUGGAUGGAUGCCUGGCCCAAUAAAUGAAAGGUCUUUCCUGAGGUUCAGCAAGGAUUUUGAGAAAGAUGGAAAUAAAGUAUCUCCUCGAAUUCCUCUUU